AUGAAUGGCAUUGAUUUCUUAAUCACCCUUUCCUUCGUUGUUCGACUCUUGCGACCGCUUCUUGCCUUCUGUCUACUCUUACUACGACUCAGGCCACUGCUCCUGCUGAUGCCGCACCUUCUUUUUCUCCUCCUCCUUCGGCUGCUUCGCUUAAUGUUCUUUUUAUUUACUUUUUUUUACGCAAAACUCUUCGUGGGGGAAGGGGAUAUUGUUUUUCUGUUUUAUUUAUUUAUUUUCCAAAUACACACCCUCUUUCCGGGAAAAAACGUCACAUUCUUCCGUUCUUUCUUUGUCACUUUAUUUCUCAAUACAUUUCUUUCUUUCUUUCUUUCUUUGUCACUUUAUUUCUCAAUACAUUUCUUUCUUUCUUUCUUUCUUUGUCACUUUAUUUCUCAAUACAUUUCUUUCUUUCUUUCUUUCUUUCUUUCUUUCUUUCUUUGUCACUUUAUUUCUCAAUACAUUUCUUUCUUUCUUUCUUUGUCACUUUAUUUCUCAAUACAUUUCUUUCUUUCUUUCUCUCUUUCUUUGUCACUUUAUUUCUCAAUACAUUUCUUUCUUUCUUUCUCUCUUUCUUUGUCACUUUAUUUCUCAAUACAUUUCUUUCUUUCUUUCUCGGUCCAUUUGUUUCACAAUAACUUUCUUUCUUUCUUUCUUUCUUUCUUUUCGGUUACUUUAUUUCUCAAUAAACGUCUUCUUUUUUUUUUGUUUUGUAACUGCUCGUCCUUUUUUUUUUUAACGAUUCAUUCAUUUAUAUUAUUCAACAACCGGUGUUAUUUAUCUUGUGGUUUUAUUGUCUCUCUCCCUCUCUGUCUUCUCUUUCGCAAUGUCUCUCGUUUUCUCUCUUUCUCUCUUUCUAUCUCUCUCUUUCUCUCUCUCUCUCUCUCUCUCUCUGUUUUUCAGUCACGUUUUCUUUGUCUCUAUCUCUCAUCCUCCACACUCUCUUUUCCUCUAUCUCUCUCUCUCUCUCUUUCUCUCACAUUUCUCUCUGUCUUUCUUUCAGUCUCUCUGUUUAUCUCCUGUCUUCUUUCUCUCGAUAUCUCUCUUCUCUCAAUUAAUCUCUUCUGUCUUUCUCCCUCAGCCUCUCUUUCUUUCUUUCUUUCCCACACUCACUCUCUCGCUACUCUUUUCAUUCUUUCUCUCGCUUUCUUCAUCUACCAGUCUCUGUCUUUCUAUAUUAGUCUCUGUCUCUCUCACUCAGUCACUCUCUCUCUCUGUUAUUCUAUGCUCACCAUAAUCUAUCUAUCUAUCUAUCUAUCUAUCUAUUGA